CUUUCUCUCUUUCUCUCUCUUCUCUAUAAAGCCUGUAUCUAGUUCUUCUUCUGGGGGGUCCUCUGUUCGUCUUCUUCAGAAGUGUGUCUCUUCCUGUUCGAUCACAACUCUGAUCACCGGUUAUGUUAUGAACGGUCAAACUCUUAUCUUUCUCAACAUCAAUGCUUUUCUUUUUCUUUGAACUUCUCUACAAACAAUACUCACUCAUCCAUGGCUGGUAGCAACGAAAUCAACGUUAGUGAAGCCAAGAAAGUUGUACCACUCAAUACAUGGAUUCUGAUAUCCAAUUUCAAGCUCGCCUACAACAUGCUCCGCCGUCCGGACGGCACAUUCAACCGGGAUCUCGCCGAAUUUCUCGACCGUAAAGUUCCGGCGAACACGAUCCCCGUCGACGGUGUUUACUCCUUUGAUGUAGUUGACCGCUCCACCAAUCUCCUCAACCGCGUUUACCGCCCAUCGCCUGAAGACGCAACAAAAUGGGGACUCGUAGAACUCGAAAAGCCACUCAGCCUGACAGAGAUCGUCCCCGUCAUAAUCUUCUUCCAUGGAGGAAGCUUUGCUCAUUCAACUGCUAACACCGCGAUUUACGACACUUUCUGCAGACGGUUAGUGAGUUUAUGCAAUGUAGUGGUUGUUUCGGUUAAUUACAGGCGGGCGCCGGAGAAUAGAUACCCUUGUGCUUAUGAAGAUGGUUGGACUGCUCUGAAAUGGGUUCAUUCUAGAAACUGGCUUAAGAGUGGUAAAGAUUCGAAAGUUUAUGUUUUUAUGGCUGGGGAUAGCUCCGGCGGGAAUAUUGCCCAUCAUGUGGCUGUUAGAGCGGCGGAAUCCGGCGUUGAGGUGUUGGGUAAUAUUCUUCUUCAUCCUAUGUUUAGUGGGCAGGAGAGAUCUGAGUCUGAGAAGAGAUUGGAUGGGAAGUAUUUUGUUACUCUUCAAGAUCGGGACUGGUAUUGGAGGGCAUUCUUGCCGGAAGGUGAAGAUAGAGAUCAUCCUGCAUGUAACCCAUUUGGGCCAAGAGGUAUUAGUCUUGAAGGGAUCAAAUUUGCUAAGAGCUUGGUUGUGGUUGCGGGUUUCGAUCUGAUUCAAGAUUGGCAAUUGGGUUAUGUUGAAGGAUUGCGAAAAUCGAAGCAUGAAGUGAAGCAGUUGUUUCUUGAAAAGGCUACAAUUGGGUUUUACUUUUUGCCUAAUAAUGACCAUUUCUAUUGCCUAAUGGAUGAGAUUAAGAGCUUUGUUCAUUCUAACCUAUUAACAUGAUCCAGUCCCCCCCCCCCCGGCAAACUUAACCUAAAGUUUUUGACAGUUGAACCGGGCUCUUCUAUUUCUCUUUAUCUAUAUAUAUCAUCUAUAAGACUAAUAUCUAUAUAUAGUUCAUGUGUAGUUUUUGUUUACUUAUAAUACAAAAUAUUUAGGUUUUCAUGCACUCUCUGUUUUGUGCAUUUGUUAUAACACAUUGGAUUUCCCCUGCCCGGAGAAGAUGAUGAAGACUAAAGUAAAGAAUUCAUCACUUCUCUUAUAAUCUGCUCUGAUCUGAUCUGAUCUGCUAAUUUGCUGAACAUGAACUUGGAAUUGUUCAUGUAACUUUUGUAUGCAAUUUAUUAUAUCAUAUAUAAUAUGAACAUGGAUGGAUAUUUAUCC